GCCGUGUGUGAGCCCUGUGUUGAAGCUAUGGCCUCCUUUUGGGAAUUCACUGAUUUGCUGCUGUCCAAGACGGUGACCUUCCCUCUGCUGCUGUUUGUCCUGUACCGGACAUUUGUCGAUGACAAGGUGAAGGGUGCUGGGGAGCGUGGUGAGGAAGGUAGAACUGGUGGAGGCGCUGCUGCUGACGAGCACGAUGAGGAGAAGAUUGUGAUCCAUGCGUUGAAGGACUUUGACUGGACCAAGGAGGACCCGAUCAAGUACAGACCGUUCAAGAAGGGAGAGUACAAGCUGACGAUGGGCAUCCACAACAUCCCACCAGACGAGUGGUUUCUCGUGGAGAACACGUACAAGGAAUACACCGACUUGAAGUGGUCGUAUGCGACCAACCCUGAUCUGAAGGACCACGGCAUCUUCAUGGCUGACGGGUGUGAAGAGGCCACGAUCGAGUUCUACCAGAGAAGUACGCAGUUCAUGGUUGAUCGCUAUCCUGACUGUUUCCAAGUGGAAGGUGACAAGAUCAUCAACAAGAUCCGUGGGGACUGGAUUCCAAGGGACCCUUACUCCGUUGCGAACAAGAAGGACCUCCACCUGUACCUCUCCAGGUUCCUGGAGGAGGACUACAUCAUCCUGUACCCUGAGCCUGAGCGUAAAACCGAUGAAGUGAUCUUCAAAGGUGGUGUGUUUCUGUUUGCUGCUGGUUUUGACCCUGCCACUAUCUUCAACACCCCCUUGACGAACAUCCACGGCCCUGUCCCUGAAUAUAAGAGCAAGCUGAGACCGCAGAUGAACAAGUUCUUUGACAAGUUGAAGCCCGGAGUGUGGGUCAGAAGAAACAACUGGAGUGUUCAAACGCACAACCGUGUCUUUGUCAUGAACGACAACAAGGGUAAAGAGGACGAGGAGAUCACCGAUCUCGACCCAGAUACCCUCGACUUCCAAAGAGAGGUGUUCUUCAGAUCCGAGAGACAGAUCCUCACGAGGCUGCCAAAGACCGGUGCCAUCAUCUUUUCCAUUAGAACCUACCUCACGCCAAUGAAGCAGAUCCGUGACGAGGGCAACGACAUCGUCCUGGAGCUGAUUGGAGGCAUUGAAGGUAUGCAAGGUGUCAUUGGCCAGUACAAGAGAAGACCUGCCUGGGGUCCUGCUGUGAUUGCCUACAUGAAGGGAGAGUCCAAUGGUACCGAUAAGCCAUGGAUCAAAGGGCUACAAUGAGCCGUUUUCUGCUGUAUAUAGAAGCCA